ACAUUAGGAGGCCUUCCAUUCCUGGAGCAACGAGGGAAAAGAAAGCACUCUAAAGACAAGACUGGGGUCUGCAAAGGGCUGGCUGAGAAGUUUUGAGAGUGAAAUAUUCACAGCCAUUAGGAGACCUCCAAUUAAAUUUCUCAUCAUGCUUAUUCUGUAGUUCACAUUAAGUCCAGAGUACUGAAGGAACGGAGCAAGUGGACUCGGUAGACAUCAAAGAGCUGGCCAUGGUGUUGGCCAUGGCAUCUCAGGAGGCUCAGAACUUCUUCCAGCCUUUCUCUUCCUGGAUAUCUCGGGUUUAUGAAGCUCUCCAGCAAGCAGGAGAUAUAUUAUCUGCUUCGCUGGUUAACAUAAGCCAACAAGACUCUAAAUUGAGUGACAAACUAGACCAGGAUGUAGAUGAUAUUAAGAUUCAGGAAACUUACUUUGGAGAUGAAGAACAAGACAAUGAUUGGAGUCAAGAGGAUGAAAAUUCCGUAUUUCUUGAAGUGGAUCACUUCUCAUGUUGUAAUAGUGAUUUGCAGAACUCUGCCCAAAGCCCAAGCCCCAGACUUAGCCAACAUGCAAAGGACUCAUGUUCGACAAUGUCCCAGUGGCCCAAUCAGACCCUUGAUGACCAAAAGUCACCACAUGUGCUUUCUUCUAUUGCCGAGGAAGAGCAUCACCUUGAAAAGCAAAGAAGUGGCCUUGCAUACAGCUUUGACAGUCAGAUCCCUGGUACUUUAGAAACUGUUAAUGGAAAAAAACAAGUUGACAGCUUUGGGGAUGAUGAAGAGCUAUCCACGUCUUCUGACAGCGACGAGGAGGUGAUCAAACAGUUUGAGAUUUCCGUGUCCCGGUCCCAGAGUUUCCGUUCAGGAGCAUGUGAGAAAGGAAAGCAGACCGGGUUGGAGCAGAAACUGAAAUUCAGCCGUUUGCUGUCUACCUGUGAAGAAGACAGCACGGAAGUGUCUGCCUGUGAAGAUUUGGAUGGAGCCAGCCCACUGAAUUAUUCUGAGACUCUGUCUUACUGUGAAGAUGACCCCGUCCCUGCUCCUGGGCAGUCCCCGUGUGAGAGAGCGGGCACCAGGCACCACGGCGCAUCUCACCAAGAGCCCGGUGAGGCCCGAAGCCUCAGCCGCCAGUCCACAGAGGGCAGCUUGGAGAUGGAGACAGCUUUUAAUAACCGGGGAUUUGAAGAUUCCUAUGCCACAGACAGUUCCUCCAUGUGGAGUCCAGAGGAACAGGACGGGAUCAACUUGCAGGUGCCAUCUGGGAUUUCAGAGCCCAUCUCAAAGUGUGGUGACCUAGAUGUCAUCUUUGAAUACAGAGCUGUGAGCCAGAAGCUCACAGUGACAACUGUGAGAGCACAGGGCCUCCCAGAUAAGGACCGAAGCGGUGUCAACUCCUGGCAAGUUCACGUGGUGCUGCUGCCCAGUAAGAAGCAGAGGGGCAGGACAAGCAUACAGAGAGGGCCCAACCCCGUCUUCAAGGAGAAGGUCACUUUCAGCAAGCUAGAGCCCAGAGACGUGGCUGCCUGUGCUGUCCGCUUCCGCCUAUAUGCUGCCCGCAAAAUGACCCGAGAGAGAAUGAUGGGAGAGAAACUAUUCUAUCUCAGCCACCUGCACCCAGAAGGGGAAAUGAAAGUAACUCUGGUUCUGGAGCCAAGAAGUAAUAUAAGCAGUGGAGGGUCUCCGCUCAGCCCAUCUGCGGUUUCUCACAGUGAUAGUGCUUCAUCCACGCAGUCACUGUCUCAUGGAGGGGCGCCAGAGCUGUUGGUGGGGCUGUCCUACAACGCCACAACGGGGCGAUUAUCUGUGGAAAUGAUCAAAGGCAGCCAUUUCCGAAACCUCGCUGUUAACCGAGCGCCUGAUACAUAUGGAAAACUCUUUCUCCUCAAUUCUGUGGGUCAAGAGAUGUCCCGCUGCAAGACAUCCAUUCGACGUGGUCAGCCCAAUCCUGUCUAUAAGGAGACUUUUGUUUUCCAGGUGGCGCUCUUUCAGCUCUCUGACGUCACACUGAUGAUUUCCGUUUAUAACAGGCGUACUAUGAAGCGCAAAGAGAUGAUUGGCUGGAUUGCUCUGGGCCAAAACAGCAGUGGAGAGGAGGAACAAGAUCACUGGGAGGAAAUGAAGGAAACCAAAGGCCAGCAGAUCUGCAGAUGGCACACUUUGCUAGAAUCCUAGGUUUGCCAACUGGUGUUUGUGUGUUGUGUCCACCUCGGUCACUUGUGUUGCUGACUGUUGACACUAAAUCAGUGAGUGCAUCCUAGCAAGGUUUUCGGGUUUUCCAACAGAGAUUCCUCUAACCCCUAGGACAUUCUGAAUGGGAGCUUUGGGUUUCUUAAAGAUUUGAUUUGGAUUUAAAUAUUGUAAUUUAAAAAACCCCACAUGUAAAGCCAAGUGUACUGUAUGGAAAAUGUUACCACAGUUAUACCACUGAUGAUGAGUCAAUUUGUGCUAAUAGAUUAUUGAGUUGUGGUUCAGACUAUGGGAUGAAGCUUCUCCUGCUUUCUCUGUUUGCUUAAAGAGUAACCUGAGAUUACAGGGGGGCUGUAACAUUCAACCACUUAGGUGUAUGAAUCAGAAUUUUCUUAACAUGGUGCAACAAACUCCCAAAUACAGAAAUGAAUCAGAGGCUGAGGCUCAUAGAAGAAUGUAACUAUAACCCCUAAGCCCUCAUUUCACGGUUUUCUCUCGGUCAAAAAAACCCUAUUUACCUAACAAGUAAAUAUUGUAAACUUGCACUGAUAAAAUAAAUUUGUAUUAAUCAAAUACCUCUUUUAUCUCACAUAUAUUAUGGUUUCUAUGAGAUUUGAUUAGAUGAAUCAUUUUGAAGCUAGAAAGGAAUUCAAAAACUACUGUUGUAAGACAACUUGUCUACUUUUGAUUAUGUAAGAUUUCAAACUUGUAACUUUUGAGGUUUUUAUGCUUUCUCACCUAAUUCGUACAGAAUGAGAUAAAAACCAAAAACCUGAUUUCAGUCAUAGACUUAUUGAGUUUUCUGAAGCUGAUGUUCUUUUGGAUUAUACUUUUUCUAUAUUCAAUUAUAUAUACUCAUACAUGUAUUUUGAAUGUACUCGCAUGUAAACCAUGGUCUUUUUCUUAAUACAGUGUUUUCUAUCAUUAGAGCAUAGUAAAUUGCAUACAAUGGGUCUUUAAUAAAUAUUGAUUUUAUUGAUUCUUUAAAAUUGUCAUAAUACCUGUGAAUGAAGAGAUAUUUUCAGUUUGUACGGAAUGACACUAAAUUUUUCUUUGAGCAUUUGAAGUGCCUAUAUAGAACUGUCAUUUUUAUGGCAUUUGCAGCAAGAUACAUUAGUCAUUAUUUGCAUUCUGGGCAUGUGCCAUUCAGAACACUGCUCUUGUGUGGUUAUAAGCAUGGGAUUUUACUUAUGACUUUCUUUACACAUUUAUGCAGUGCAUGUUUGUUUUUGUUUUUCUUAGGUCUAAGCCCCUAAUUUCAAUUACUUUCAAUUGGCAGUAAUUAAAAAAAAAGGGGGGAAGGAGUAUGUGUACAUUUAACCCUGUGCCCAAUGUGCAGCUCCUCUGAGCAAUUGCUCAGUCACUUAUUUUUAGCUUCUGUGCUUCAUUGUUGACUUUUUCCUGUCUGUGAGAAGAGUGAUAGCUAGUGAUGGCUGUAUACAGUUAAAAACACAAAACUCCUCCUCAGCUCUACAUUUUGACAGAUUGUAAGCGUGGGCUGUAACACUUGAAGAACAUAUUUAUUCUUUACCAUGUGUAAUGGUUAUCCUGACAAGACCAGACUGGGGCACAGGAUAACUUUACUAUGAUUUCAGGGUUCAGUCUUUCAAAGAAAUGACUUUAUAUGGAAGAAUCAUAAUUUGCAAAAUAAACGAGUAUCUUCAUUUCUUUUCAGGUCAUGAGAGUUUCAUAUAUGCUGCUCAGUUAUUAGGAAUAAGUAUCGAAACCCUGCUCCUUUGGGUUUUUACCCCACCUUUCUUCGGAAGACCUCAAAGUGCUUUUCCAGCAUUAUCUCCAUUAGCUGCUGAGUGGUCUUUGCAGUGUGGCUAAGUCAUUGAGUAGAACUGAGUGCGAUUGAUUAAGUAGUGGCACAAAGAAUUGGCUUUUCACAUCCCCUACUCUCUUUAUGCCUUGUGUUUAAAGGGAAGUGGAGCAGCCUCGUUAUGCUUCCCUUUAUGCAGUAACAUAAUAGCAGCAUUCACUUUCAAAUUUACAUUUGAAAAAAAUCUGUAUAUAUUGUACAGACAGCCCUGUAUUUUUCCCCCUCAUAUUUUCCUGCUCUGCAUGUUGCUGCUUCCUUUGAUUCAUGGUGCCCAAUAAUCACCUAUACUUUAUUUUUUGCUCCCUUGACCCAGCCAUUUUUAAGGUUUUUUGCUGCUGUGGUGAAGAUAUCCUUGUGCACUUGAUCUGCUUCCCAAUGGUCUACUUGUGACACAGUUUACAGGAAUGUGCAGCAUUUAAAGGGAAGGGAUACCUGAAAAAACAUUAAAAUAAUUUUACUAUGUUGGUGCCGCUCCCUGUAUAGGCUGCAUGUACAUCUUGAAUAUACAGCAACAUUCACCCUCAGCUGAUUGUAUAAACAUAAAAUGCUGAAGACAAGAUACAUUAAAAUAUGGGGCUGAUUUUUUUUUUUACCCUGAUUUGAAAUUCUAGUUUAGUAAGAUCUUUUGAUUUUGUGCACUUAAACUCCCUUAUUUUCUUGGCAAAGUCUAGACACAAAUGCAUUUAGCAUGUUUUUCACUUGAGCUUUUACAUCUACAUUUGCUUUUCAAAAGAGUUAUGAAAGAUAAUUAGUUGGUUCUGCAGUGAAAAAACUGCUUUUGCCUAUUUCAUCUAGCUAAUGAUUAAUACCUCGCGUGGGGAUUUGACAUUGAAGCAGCACCAAUUUUUGUUGCAUGAGUAGUUCUUUCAGUGAUUUUUUUUUUUCCUGAAGAGCAUGAUUUUUAAACAAUACUGUUGAAAGCAAAUGAUGCACUAGGUUUAUGGAAAUCUGCUUUAUGGUGUGCCUUCUUUCAGGGCAUAAGUUUACACUGAAUCGAAAAGUGCUGGUUUCACCAGUCGCGGUGGUAGCUGUUGUACUCCCUGCUCCCUUCUGACUAUUGUUGAAUUUUUAAAUGGACCAUUCACCAGGCAGCUGAACACCUGCUCUCAGCCCCUCUCCUUCACUGGCUCCCAGUGUGAUGCACAGUUGUUUUGGAUUCUGUUUUUGCUGAUGCUGCAUAACUGUUGGGUGGUGGGGUGGGGGUGGGGGUCUUGCCUCCCCUAACAUAAGAAUUUGUAAUGCCUUUGGAUGUAUUAUACUUGGCAUUUCACCUGCGCAAAUUGUGAGAAAGAAUCAUCACUGUGUUUGCAAGGGGUAAAGAGAGUAUGACGUUGCAUCCUUGUUCACUUUUGGCAUAUUAACUCCGACAUCCUUCAGUGAUAGUUAACUGAUUUCAGAUAUUGAUAUUCUCCAUCGUGCUAGGUGCUAGUGAGCCUGAAACACAGCUUCUGCCUUUUCAAUGUGUAGAUCUUGUAAUAUUUUACAAAUUAUAGUUAUCCCUUGGUCACUGUAUUACAUCAUGACUGUACUAGAUGAUCUUAUCUGGGAACCAAAACUCUUUUCUUUCCAAGUAAAGUAUUUAAGUAGAAACGACCUUCAGGUUAAGUAAGAGUGCUUGCCCGAUAGACACUAAAUUGAUUUAAUUGAUGAUUCAGUGUGGACAUCAAACUGUGGGUUUCCAAAAAACCUGGCUGACCUUUUGUAGCAGAGGACUGUGUAUUAAGAACAUAAAAGUGAGUAGGAAGAGAUUAUUUGUAAAUGACAUAAAACCAAAUGGAGGCAUAUUCUUACUGAUAGACAGGACUAGAAAACACAUGUGAUACCUUCUCUUUUGAGGAAACUGUGGUUAAAGAAUAUUCCAUUCUAUUUAAGACAAAAGCAAAUUAUAAUUCUGAAAUGGCAAAAAUAUUUUAUAUUUUUUUUGUCUUAAAGAUAAUCAUUUAGGCAAAACUAUUUAAAAACAUACAAAACCCACCCAAAAAGUGAUACAGCAUGUAUAUACAUUUAGCAUCCACCAGUGUAUAGUAUUAAAGAAGAGUAAACAAACCAAAAGACAUUUCAGAUUAAGUAGCUUUCAUUUUUUCCAAAACUUGUAGAAUUUUGGAAAAUAGUUAAAGGGAAAAUGAAACUGGCCUAACACAACAAAGUUGGCACAGACUGUGGUCUUAUUUUGAGUUUGGAUAGAACUCUGCUAACUGUGUGGCCUUAAGAAAAUUACUUAGCCAGCCUGUGUCCCAGUUUUUCAACUGGAAAAUGGAAAUAAUAUCUACCUCAUAAAGUUUUUAAAAAAGAUAUCAAUGAAAUCACAGAUGUCAUGUGCCUAGCAUAGAACCUGGCAUAUAGUUAGCAUCCAAUAUUUCCUUUUCAUGAUCGUGCUUGAAAAAGAAAACAUUUAAGAUUUGUUUCUUUUCCUAGCAAAGGUAAUUAUAACACUAGAGAAAAAUUAAAAACAAUUUUAAGAUACUUUAAAAAGGAUAGUCUCAGGAUGCCAGCCUGGAUUUGUUAAAAAAAAAAAAAAAUAAGUCCC